GCUGGGUAGUGUUUUAUCAGGGCUUCGCUCAGGAGGCGCACCCAUGGCGUACACAACCGACAAGUGGUGGGAUGAGAACACGGUGGCUGUAGUAACGGGAAGCAACAAGGGCAUCGGCUUCGAAAUCGCCAGGAUCUUUGCAGAGCAAGGCAUCACCACCGUGGUUACGGCACGCGACGAGGAGCUUGGGCGGCAGGCCGUGGCCAAGAUCAAGGAGAUAGCCCCCUCUUCCCGAGUGCUGCUGCACCAGCUGGACAUCUCCGACCCGGCCUCCGUUGACCGCUUUGUGGAGUGGCUUCGGAGCGAUCUGGGUGGCCUAACCAUCUUAGUCAAUAAUGCAGGUUUUGCUUACAAGGGCAACAUCUUCGGUGCGGACGAGGCCCAGGUCACCCUGACGCCGUACGAGCUCCAAACACUGGGACAGGAGUUCGUGGACGCCAUCCGGGCUGGAAACCACGCCGCGGCCGGCUGGCCCAACUCAAUGUACGGCACGUCUAAGCUGAUGUUGUCAUUGUGGACGGCUCAGCUGGCGGAUCAAUUGCGGGACAAGGGAGUCAUGGUGAACGCCAUGUGCCCCGGAUGGUGCCGUACUGACAUGUCUAGUCAGUCGGGUACCAAGAGUGCCGCCGACGGAGCCGAUACCGCGGUGUGGUUAGCGCUGCGCAGCCCUCAGGACUUCAAGACAGGGGCCUUCUGGGGGGAGCGGAACAUCAUCUCCUGUCAUUCGACCUCCAGACCAGAAGGCUACCUGCAUCCCCCCUUACCGCACUGAUAAACUUUUGUAAAAGAAUACGCGUGUAAAUUAAUAAACACCAGGCAGCCGAUGUGCAAGGGGCCGCGGUCCUCUCAGCCGCUGCCGUCACACCUUCACUCCACUAGACCCUCCGCUGCAUAUCAUUACUACAAGUGAUUCCAACCAAAGGCAAUGGAUGUGCAAGAAGAAAUUAAAGCGAAUUUUGGCAAUAGCUAUUAAGCUUAGGGUUUGACACAGCAUCAUGCGCACUAAUAAUGCGGCAAGAGCGCGAAGCACGAAAUGCACGGAUGUGUCACCUGCAUACAUCAAGAAGAGUUGGCGCACCAAGCAGAAACCACCUCCUCACGAGUGCACAAUCACCCCUAACCACCUGCUCCAAGGCGGCCAUUGCCCCUGCCAUUCUUUUCCAUUCAGCUCGCUUCAGCACAAGCCGGUGUCCUUGGGCAGGCAGGCACAC